GUUGAAAAAUAUAUAAUAAUAAUUAGGGUGGUAAGGUAUGUUCUAAAGUUUUAAUAAAUCCUUCAUGAUUUUCAUGGCUUCAUCAUCUCCUUUAGCAGCAUCUUCAACUUAUUUUUAGAAUAAUGCUUUUUAUACAAAUGGAUCAUUUAAUUCAGUAUAUAAGCAUUAAAUAAUUCAUAUCUAGUUAGAAUAUAAAAAAAGACCUUUCAGUCAAGCCUGGAUAUUAUCUAUGAACUUUACUUAAUGGACUCAUUAAUUAAGGAUGAUCAAUUAAAAGUUUAGGAUUUUUAGAACUGACUUCUAAUAAAACAAAUAAUCUUGCAGUAGUUCUUGGAUUAGAACAUUCAACUUUAUGUUUUUUAGCUUAUUCAUUAAAUAAUACAUUAGCUUUUUCACUUUCUAAUAGACCAGGUAAUUUUUCACCAAGUUUUUUUCUAAUUCUUUCAUCAUAGAAAUUCUUGCUAAAAGAGAGUGUCUCAACAUCAAGUUAAAUAUUUUGGAGAUUUCCAAUUAGAAAUUAAUUUGA